AUGGCUGCUGGUACAAAGCUUUCAGCCAUAGAUAGUGAGUUGUUUAAAGACCCUAGUUUGUAUAGAAGUACUAUUGGAGCUCUUCAGUACCUAAUCUUAACAAGCCCUGCCAUUAGCUUUACAGUUAAUAAGCUAAGUCAGUACCUUCAAGCCCCUACUGAGCUACAAUGGCAAGCUUGCAAGAAUGUUUUGAGAUAUCUUAAAGGAACCCAGUCUCAUGGCCUUCAGUUCAGACCAACAGUUUCCCUUCACCUUGAAUGCUAUGCAGAUGUUGACUGGGGUAGUAAUUUGGAUGACAUGAGGUCCACCAGUGGCUACUGUGUGUAUCUCGGGCCUAAUUUGAUUCAGUGGAGCUCCCGAAAGCGAAGAGUGGGUGCCUUAUCAUCUACUGAAGCUGAAUAUAGAGCAUUGGCACAUACAACAACUAAAUAG